GCUCCAGUCAAACUGUACCAACUCUGUUCCAACUUCUGCAAAAUCCUUCUUCUGAGGCGACUUGUUUGUUUCGAGUUUAACACCGGGAAACCGAAACAACAAGAACCUGCCGGAUCAGGGUAAAACUGGUUUCAGAAUUUGGAUGUUUUUAUCUCUUGCUGUUUCCUUUACUUUGAGGUCUUCAUCAUUUCACGCCAGGUUACUAAUGAGUUUGGUUGCUAAAUCAAUCAGAAAAUCACCUUCAGUAAGAAUUGCUGGAAUUGAAAGUGUGGAAUUAAAUAGUUCACAUGUAUCCUAUACUGGAACCGGAACCAGAACCAGAACCAGAACCAAUGUAACAAAGUGUGGAGCUGGAUGAGCACAGCAGGCCGAGCAGAAAAGCUCACGUUUCAGACCUAGACCGUUCUCGUUAUCACAGAACUGAUGUCUUGCCUUGUUUCAACACAAAUUGGGUUUUACAUUACAAGUUGUGGAAUGGGCAAUAAUUGAAAGGAAGCAGUGCUGGAUUGAAAUUGUUUUAUGGAUCCUUCCAAAAUACCAACAUGAUCGGACUUGAGACAUUGCCAGAUCCCACAAAUAUCUGGGAAAUUGUACAGACAAUUGGAAAAGGAACCUAUGGAAAAGUCUACAGAGUUUCGAAUACGAAAGAUGGUAGCCAAGCCGCUGUCAAAGUGCUGGAUCUCAUCACUGCUGUUGAUGAAGAAAUUGAAGCAGAAUGUAGCAUCUUGCAGUCACUACCAAAUCAUCCAAAUGUUGUUAAAUUUUACGGAAUGUUCUACAAAACAGACUUAAAAUCUGGCGGCCACCUCUGGUUGGUUCUUGAGCUGUGCAAUGGAGGUUCUGUCACUGAACUCGUCACAAAUCUACUGAAGCACAAUGAAAGCAUGGAUGAAGCGCUAAUCUCAUACAUUUUGUAUGGGGCACUUUUGGGCCUUCAGCAUUUGCACAAAAACAGAGUUAUUCAUCGUGAUGUCAAGGGCAACAACAUCCUCUUGACAACAGAAGGAGGAGUCAAGCUGGUUGACUUUGGUGUUUCAGCUAAGCUCACAAAUGCUAGAUUACGUCGAAAUACUUCCGUGGGUACACCCUUUUGGAUGGCACCUGAGGUCAUUGCUUGUGAACAACAAUUGGACUACUCGUAUGAUAGCCGGUGUGAUGUAUGGUCAUUAGGUAUCACAGCAAUUGAGCUUGGUGAUGGUGAGCCACCUCUGUCUGAUCUGCAUCCUGUGAAAGCACUCUUUAAAAUUCCAAGAAACCCUCCACCUACUUUACUACACCCAGAAAAAUGGUGCGCAGGAUUCAACCAUUUCAUUUCACAAUGUCUGAUUAAGGACUUUGAAAAGCGUCCAUCAGUUACAUAUUUGUUGCAACACCCAUUUAUUAAACAAUCCCAUGGGAAAGAUGUGACCCUACGAUUGAAGUUAGCAAAUCUUGUCAAAGUACAACAACCGGAUUCCUCAGCAAAAGCGAGGCAAGACAGCAUCUGUAAAAGAAAAAGUCACAUGAGACUCUCAAAGCGUAUCAGUCGAAACAUGACUGAUGACUUGGUCACCCUUGAAUUCCUGGAUGAGGAAGCUAUCAUAUACUGCCUACAGAAAAGGUACUCAGACUUACAGAUAUACACCUAUGUUGGGGACAUUUUGAUUGCUUUGAACCCAUUCCAGGACCUACCUAUUUACACUCCAGAGUUUUCUAAGCUUUAUCAUGGUGCCAGACGUUGUUCAAAUCCACCACACAUUUUUGCCACUGCGGAUGCUGCAUAUCAAGGAAUGGUGACUUUUAGCAGAGAUCAGUGCAUUAUCAUAAGUGGAGAAAGUGGUGCUGGGAAGACAGAGAGUGCACAUUUGAUUGUUCAACACUUAACCUAUCUGGGAAAGGCCAAUAACCGUGUUCUGCGAGAAAAAAUUCUUCAAGUCAAUCCACUUGUGGAAGCCUUUGGAAAUGCAUGCACUGCGAUCAAUGAUAAUUCCAGCCGAUUUGGGAAAUAUCUAGAAAUGAAAUUCACUCCAACAGGGGCUGUGAUGGGAGCAAAGAUCUCUGAAUAUCUGUUGGAAAAAUCAAGAGUUAUUCAACAACCUGUAACUGAGAAGAACUUUCAUAUUUUUUAUUACAUUUACGCUGGUCUCUAUCAUCAGAAGAAACUGACAGAAUAUAAGCUUGCUGAAAGCAAACCUCCAAGGUAUAUCGAUAAUGAAAGAGACACAGUCAUGCAGGACAUCUUAACAAACAGCUCGUACAGAGAACAAUUUGAAGCCAUUCAGCACUGCUUCAGAAUCAUUGGAUUCACUGAUGAGGAAGUUUGGUCAGUGUACAGAGUUCUUGCUGCAAUCCUAAAUAAUGGAAAUAUUGAGUUUUCACCCAUUGCCUCAAAGCAUCAAACAGAUAAAAGUGAAAUUCCAGAUGGCGAACCUUUAGAAAAUACUUCAGCUCUACUUAGUAUUGGUUCUGAAGAGUUUCAGGAAGCACUUACUUCUCACUGCGUUGUGACACGGGGAGAAACAAUAAUUCGGACGAAUACAGUAGAUGAAGCUUCUGAUGUUCGAGAUGCCAUGUCAAAGGCCUUGUAUGGAAGGCUAUUCAGCUGGAUUGUAAAUCGCAUCAAUACACUUCUUCAGCCCGAUAAAAGUGUGUGUGACACUGGAAGUGUAAUGAAUGUUGGGAUUCUGGACAUCUUUGGGUUUGAGAACUUUAAGAAGAACUCCUUUGAACAACUCUGUAUCAACAUUGCCAAUGAACAGAUCCAAUUUUACUUCAAUCAACACAUCUUCGCUCUUGAACAGAUUGAAUACCAAACUGAGGGGAUUGAUGCUACACUUGUUGAAUAUCAGGAUAAUCGGCCAAUACUGGAUAUGUUUCUUCAGAAGCCAAUGGGCUUAUUGUCUCUGCUGGACGAAGAAAGCCGUUUCCCUAAAGCAUCUGACCAGACGCUUGUAGAUAAAUUUGAGGACAACCUACGAUCAGGCUACUUUUGGAGACCAAAGGGUGUGGAGCUAUGUUUUGGAAUCAAACAUUAUGCUGGCAAGGUUUUUUAUGAUCCAUGUGGUUUCCUUGAGAAAAACAGAGACACACUUCCUGCCGAUGUAGUAGUUGUACUUAGAACAUCAGAAAAUAAAUUGCUUCAGCAACUUUUUUCCAGCCCACUCACUAAAACAGGCAACUUAGCACAAUCAAGAGCAAGAGUAAAUGCAGCGUCAAGGUCAUUACCUCCACAGCUUAAUGCAGGCCGUAAAAAGUCUCCUAAAUACUUGCUGAAGGUUGAUACACUGGAAGUUAUGCGACAUCCUGAGGAAACAACAAACAUGAAAAGACAAACUGUGGCUUCUUACUUCAGGUAUUCCUUAAUGGAUCUGCUGUCUAAAAUGGUGGUUGGACAACCUCAUUUUGUCCGUUGCAUCAAGCCCAAUGAUGAUCGUGAAGCACAGAAGUUUUUUGAAGCAAGGGUACUGGUUCAGUUGCGGUACACUGGCAUUUUGGAAACUGUCCGCAUUCGGGCUCAAGGAUAUUCUCAUCGCAUCCUGUUUGAAGAGUUUGUUAAAAGAUACUACUACCUUGCCUUCAAGGCACAUCAGACACCUCCUGCUAAUUGUGCAAGUUGUGCUGCCAUUCUGAAGAAAGCAAGACUAGACAAGUGGGUGCUUGGAAAAACUAAGGUGUUUCUGAAGUAUUAUCAAGUAGAGCAGUUAAAUUUACUGCUCAGAGAAGUCAUUGCCAGCAUUGUGGUUAUUCAAGCCCACAUCAAAGGUUGGCUGGGAGCCAGGAGAUACAAGAAAGCACAAGCUAAAAAACAAAGCAGUGCCAUCAUCGUCCAAUCAGCCUGGAGAGGAUAUGUUGCUUAUAAAAUCUACAAGAAACUGAAGACUGAAAGAGAAGCUGCCAUUUGUAUUCAAACAGGUAUCAGGGGAUAUCUGGCUCGUAAGCAAUAUAAAACCAUGAAGAAAAACAAUAUUUUGGGAACAGAACAAGGAUUCCAAACCACAGAGGGUAAAUCCAGUUUUGAACAAAUAAGUCAUGUCAAUUACAUAGAAACUCAACACAGAGACAUUGAGGAGAAGAAUGAGGAAGAUGAAAAGGCCUCUGAUGAGGUUGCAAAUCAAGUAUCACCACAUGAAACACAACAUGAAGCUCAUACAAUUAUGAAAGAAUCAGGAAAGGAAACAGAAAAAAGACAGCUGAGAACACCUCGUCGACGAAUGCAGCAGCCCAAAAUACUGAGCAGCCCUGAGGACAGCCUGUAUUAUAACCAGUUAAAUGGAAUCCUAGAGUACCAAGGGAGUAAAAGAAAGCCAAGAAAACUUGGUCAAAUCAAAGUGCUGGACAUUGAGGAUGAAUAUUACAAAUCACUGUCAUCUAUUGAGCCUGUCGCUGAGGAAGAUGAUACAUUGAAUCCUUCCCAUCCUAUUCCAAGAGGAUCCUUUACUCAUAGCUAAACAUGGAUUCUGUAGAUCAAAUUUGAAGCCAAGAAACAUGAGCAAAUUGUGCAUUUUGAUGUUUAAAUAAGCUUGAACAGUUAUCACACAAUUGUUGUAUUGAAUAGUGGAUAAACUGAUGAUUUCUCUGAUAAAUAUUAUGCUUUCAUUUGGUGUUGAAUUGGAAUCCAAUGUAACAUGCUACUCAUUUUGUGCCACUCGUAUCAACGUAGUUUAUUAUUAACACUAUUUGUAACGUGGAGUCAGCAGUCCAUCUCAUAAUUCAAAACAUUAAAUUUAUGUCUCACUUUGUGGUAACUUUAGUUUGGAUGAAAACAAAGUACAUCGAGAAUCUAUUUUCUUGUUAAAUUUCAUCAAGUGAUGUUUGCUAAAUCAAAUGCAUUGUCUAACCUGUUUGUAUGAUCAUUAAAUCUGAACUGUUUUUACAAAGCAUUUUUGAUUGAAAUUAAAUUUUAUGCAACAAAUGUUCAAAGAUUUUAAUGUGAAAAGUUUGUUAUUAAAUUGAAACAUGCUUUGGUUUACUCACCAGGUGAGUACUUUUGACUAGCAUGUUGAUGUGAUGUUAAACAUGGUUGGAUGUCUCAGAGCAUAUGAGCAUUGAACUUGAAUUAUUGUAUUGUCCAUUUCCAAUGAAUAUGCAUUUGUAGUCUGUUGAUGGUGUGAAAGCUGGUGGUACUAAUCAAUGUUUCAAUAAGGGCAUCAAGAUCAAUAAACUGUGUAUGGAAUGUUA